AUGCUGUUCCAUUAUUUGCCAAUACAUCUAUACCAACUACAACAAUCUAAAGCCAAUGAUAUUAGCAUAGGAACAAGUAUACUUGCCGCCACUUCAAUAAAAUCAACAAUAGAUCUAUCAAAUCCGUCCACGACGCAACUUGAUCUUGCGGUAUCUAUGACCUCCUCUACUCAAAUUGGCAUAAGCGAGAUCAUACUCUCAAACGUACAGGCCCCAACAGCCAUAACCAUAUCUCCUUCGUUGACGAACCUCGUCACCACUACUACUACAGCUCCCGAUAAUGCUGUUGUUUCCAGUAGUGAUAUAGGUGUUUUGACUUCUCAAGAUACUAAGAUAAUCGAGAGUGCUACUAUGACACCCACAACAACAAGUACCCUGACACCAGAAAUAACUGAAGUGUCUGUAUCGACUCCUUUACAAGUGUCUGAAACCAGCAGUGUUGAAGAUGUACAAAACACUGAGACCACAACAGAACAAAUUCCUCAAUUAUCUACAUUCCCAGCUCCAUCCACUUAUCAACCAUCAGUAGAUCCUCAAACAUCAGCAAUAUCAUCGAUCGUUUCUUCUUCUACUACUAGUAGUACUACUCCAUAUAUCACUCCAACGUUCACUUUUACGGCGGGAACAGAUACAGUAUCACAAUCAUUAGAAGCUUCCACACAACAGAUUUCAACAGAUGUCGUAUCAACUGAACUACCAAUAAUAUCAACAAAUACACCAUCAAUGGUAUCUGCACCUUUAUCAUCAACAUUCCUUGGGGUAUUGACAGAGGCAGAACCUAUACCUUCUCCGAUAUCUGUAGUUUCGAAUUCUGCUGUUUCUACUCCAUCGAUAGUUUCUGAUGCCCCUGUCCGUACUACUACACCAAUAGUCUCUCAUGUACCUAUUUCUACUCCACCAAUAGUUUCUAUUCCAAUCUCGUCUACAAUUGCCCAACCACCAGUUCAACCAUCUGUCCUUGACAGUAUUACUACUACUUCAAGAUUACCACUUCAACAAAUCUCUUCCCAAAUUCCAGACCAACCUACUAUCUCAACUAUGCCAGAAGCACAAAUUGUAUCAUCUACUACAUCUACAACUUCAAUUCCUCAACAAAUAUCUGUUACUACUCCAACAUCAACCAAAGUACUUGAAGAUCAACAGCAACAACAACCUCAAACUCCAGCAACAACAUCCCAAAUCGUGUCUACUCCACAAGUUGUAUCCCAAGUUUCCUCCUUCACUACUUCUACACAACAACAAACUACUACACCUAAUAUGCUUCAACCGCCUGUGGUUUCAGAAGUAUCAUCACAAACUACUCCUCAGAUUCCUUCUUUUACCACUACUACUCCCGCUACUACUACUACCACAAACCAACAGGUUGUUCCUCCUUCUAUUGCAUCCUUUAAACCGGUUCCCGAACAGAGCACAAAUACAUUUACACAAUCAAUAAAUUCAAACUUUGUCUCUCAAAUUCAACCAAUCGGUUCUUCACAAACUACAAAGGAGCCCACAACAUUAACAUCAAUUAAGUCUAUAGCUUCAGAAACAAAAACUUCACAAAGACUUCCCACACCAGAUACAAUAAACCCACCAAAAGAAGCUUCAAGCACAGAGAAAUCAACUGGAGCUCAAUCUCAGACCCAAACUCAAACUCAAACUUCGUCCGUCAUCCCGGCGGUAACUACAAAGCCUGUUAUCUCUAAUAUAGUUUCUACUACUAGCGAACCAUCUACUCCAAUCAGUGCAGCUUCUCCGGUGAAAUCGUCUUUUAUCUCACCAAGUGUGACUACCACUCCUACACAAACAAGAGCAAGUUCCGAUACAAAUUGGUGGAUUCCAACAGUUUUAAUCACUCAAUCAAAUCAACCAAGUGAAUCUGCUUCUGUACCAACUUCAAAUACUGCUACAAAGACAUUACCACAAGUUAUUGCAGUAGGUACAACAAUUCCUGAACCAGAAGGUUAUUCAUUAAUUACUAUUGGCUUCAAGAAACCAUUAAAUUAUGAAUUCAUAGUAGCUAAUCCAAAAUCCUCUGCUCAAAUAUUCUCGUUUUUACCUGAUGUCUUGAACGCACCAUUUAAUAAUACAUUCAAUAACAUUACAGUAUUACAAUUAGUGCCAUUACAAAAUCCAUCAUUAAAUUACUUGGUAACAGUAGCAAAAGUUUAUUUCCCAACAGAUAUGAUUGAUACUUUAUCAUCUUUAAUUGAAGACUAUACAACUCCAAGUUUAAUAUAUACAAUAAAUCAAGGAGCUAAGGGUUCUUUAGCUAAUUUGAUCUCCUCAGAUAUACCAUUAACAGGAUUGUUAACCAACUCAUUAUCAUCAUCUACAGAUUCAACUUCAAAUAAUUCUGAUUCCAAUAAUUCAAAUUCAUCUUCAAAAGGAUCACAUUCCAAAAAUCCAGAUUCAGAUAGUUCAGAUAGUACAAAAGACGAUAGUGGUAGUAUGGACUCAGAAAAUAUUGGUAGCUUAGAAUAUUCAAGUAAAUCAAAUUCAAAAGUGGCAGGAAGUGACUCCGGAUCAUCAUUGAAUAAGAAAAAAUUGACUGCUUUAAUUGUUUGUGUUGUAAUCGGUGGUUUAUUAUAUAUCACUUUCAUGAUCCUUGUUGUCAGAUAUUUUAUCAAUAGACGCCGUGCCAAACAAGUUGCUAUCAAAUAUCCAGAUGAUUCUUCUUCAUCCUCAUCAUCUGGUUCAUUUUCGGAGAAAUCUAACAAGUUUAACAUGGAAAAUCGUCAAUCUAUCACUCCUUCAAUGAAAGUUAAUAUGUGGAUGAAUAAUAAUAAUGAUAUAAAUGUUAAUACCAAUGGUAAUAAUAAUUACUUUGAUAACGUUAUUGCUCCUGCUGCUGUUGCUGCUAGUACAACCUCCACUGGAAAAAUGAAUAAUAAAAGCCCGUCAAAAUCUGGCUCCAUUGGUAAAAUUUCUAAACCUAUAGCGUCACAAAAUUCGUUAGGUUGGAAUGGCAUCUAA